AUGCAGUCCUCAGUUCAGAUGUCCCCCAGGAAUAUCGUCAUCACGCUCCCCACAGAGGUUAUCCAACACCUCGCCAGGCACGAUGACGAAGUCGAGGAACAAGCCACUCUGGCCCACACGUGCGCAUCUUUGCGUUCGAUCCUCCUCCCGCGGACCAGCCCCAUCGUCUCUGCCUACGUGACGAUCCGGUCCCUCGAGUUCAAUAACAUCUUCCUGGUCCUCAAUCAGUUCGGCGUUGAGAACUUUAGCAAUGGACUUAAGUAUGCCGGCCACGCCGAGAUGGCUUGCUGGUUCCCUCCGCCGCCUACCUAUGCGGCGACACUCCCCUGGGAGUUCCCGACAGAGACCUACGCGAUUGUCAAGCUGAUCGUCCAGAAUGAUCGCGCGGUCUAUAACCUGGCACGUAAGUAUCUCACUCCUGGUCACGAAAGUAUACUUGCUGCCCUGAAGGCCACUGUCAAUAUCGAUAGCUGGACCGCCGCCGAGGAUCUGCUUGAGUUCGCGACUGAGGAACAGUUCAUGGAGGCAUUCACGUAUGCUUGCCUCUUUCUGAACACGAACAUGGCCAUCGAGUUCCUCGAUCUGGUCGACAGCGACCACUGGGAGGAUCUCACCACACCCCUGAUCGAGUGCGCAAUCACUACGUUCAACGGGCCCAUGGUCGACCUCCUGAUCGAUGGGGAUGCUGACAUUCAUGAUAAGUUCCAGUACAGUAUCGAUGAGGCCAACUCAACGUUCCCCCUCUCUUGGCUUGCGAAAUGGGGCUUUGGUAACUAUUACGGACAUGCCCACUUUGUUAGCAUCUGGAACAGAUUGAUCUCGCGUCGCGCGGACGUUCAUACGACUGAUCUUGAUGGCCGCACUGUCCUCCACCACCUUGCAAGACACGGAGCUCAUCGCCGCCGCAACCGCAAGAACACCUCCGCAUUCAAUCCUCAGAUGAUCCCGAUCGGUGAAGCAUAUAAAUCGAUGAUCCGCAGUGUCACUGAGUGCGAGCGCAAUGCGAAUAAUCAAUGGGUUGGAACUGAUCUCGAUGUGCAAGACUGCUAUGGCAGAACUGCCUUGCACUAUGCGAUUCAGUUUCACGAACCCAUCAUGGUCCAGAUCUUGCUUGAGAAAGGUGCGGACUGCAAUAUUGUAGAUGAGGAGAACUUCAACGCUUGGGAGAUCGAGAGCUGGAACGGGGACGAGAGGUGCAGAUUUUUGGCGAAAGAUGCUUAUGUGAAGGCUUUGGAACAGCAGGGAUUGGGCUCUCUUACGGCGGAAAGGGAGAGAAGGAUCAACAAGGCUGCGGCAGAGAUGUGGGCGAAGUUUUCGAUGGAAUUGCAGGGACUUGAGAUUGAGGAAGUUUGA